AUGUGUGCGAUUCCUCACGAGGAUAUCCGAUGGGAAGGUGAAGACCCAGGAAUAUCUCGUCGAAGUGGGCAUAUUGGACGAGGCUUUGGUGUUAGCAAUGCCACAAGUCAUGGGGUUGUUCCUGGUGCAGGAAGAAGCAGAGAAUCCAUUAGGGAUCAAUCUGAAAAAGAUUUGCGACCACCACAGAAUGGGGUUGUAAAGAAUGUUUCAGAGGACAUUGAAAUCCGUAACACAGAGACUCUAAUAAAGGAGGUGGAGAAAGUGUUUGGCGCAAGUCAUCCUGAUCUCUUUGAGAUUGAAAAGGCGAAGAAAAUGCUCAAGGAGCAUGAACAAGCACUGCUUGAUGUGAUUGCAAAGCUCGCAGAUGUAUGCGAUGAUGGAACUGAUGGAGAGCAGCCAUUCUUGCAUGAGCAAUCAACUGAUAUGUAUCAAGAAAGGAGGAAUACAGUAUUUAGUGGCAACUAA